AUGUCCUCGAAACUGCGCUUUUGGGCCUUGGGACAUGAAUUGACCGCAUGGUCCGUUGGGCUUGCGACAAGUGGAGAAAACUAUAUCAUCGACAAGCUCGGUGGCAGACUCUAUGGCUCUGCCAAGGCUGAGCAGCUGGCGUUCCUUGUUUUGGAGGAACUUGGUCUUUGCGUAAGUCAUGAGAUCAAGGAACUAGAAGAAUGCUGA